AUGACGGCCGCCCUCGCUGCCUCUGUAGGCGUCGAUGCCAGCCAGCUGAAGCUUGCGCCGCUUUCGAACCAGGUGGCGGGCCAUCCGGCGGGCGUGCAGAGCCUCGAGGACGGCAAGCUGGUGGUCAAGGAGUGCCUGGCGCAGGAGCUCGACUUCUACCACGCCGUGGACCGGGCCGCUUCCGAAUCGGCGGGCUCUCCGAGCAAGCAGGAGCACCUGCUGACCAGGCUAAGCCACUUCAUGCCCGAGUUCCACGGCAGCUGGCACGACUACCUAGCCGCCCACCACGACGGCCCACCCGGCGCAAACCGAGAUGCCGCGGCCGAGCAGCGGCGGCCGCCCUCGCCCUCGCGCAUCGUCCUCGAGAACCUCACCUGCAGCUACGACAAGGCCAACGUCUGCGACAUCAAGCUCGGGACGCAGCUCUACGACGACGACGCCUCGGACGAGAAGCGACAACGCAUGCAGCUGGCCUCCCAGAACACCACCAGCGGCAUGUGUGGGCUGCGGCUGACGGGCUGGCAGGUGUGGGACAACCAGACGUCGACCUACCACACCGUCCCCAAGACGUUUGGCAAGACUGUGCAGGCGCCCGACCUCAUCCUGGGCGCCCGCAUGCUGCUGGCUUCACCAAAGGCCGGCGACGCCCAACGGGCCGAGUCGAUCCUGGCCGGAUCGAGCCGCGUACGCGUCCUGCCGCCACCCCCCGCCGACGGCGACGCCAUCGACGCCGCCUUGGUCAAGGACGAGUCCGGCCUCUACCUGCCGGAGUUGCCACCCGCCGCGAUGCGGACCCUCAUCGAACAGUCGAUCCUGCCGGCUCUGGAGCAGCUCGUCGACAUCUUCAGCCAGCUCGAGAUCCGCAUGCGCGGCGGCAGCCUGCUCCUCGUCUACGAGGGUUCCGCCGAGGGCCUCGAGCAGGGGCUGGGUCCGCAGCCAAGGACCAUCUCGACCGGCCGCCUGCCGCAGCGCGACGGAGCCAAGCGCCUCGUCGACCUCAGGGUCAUUGACUUUGCCCACGCCACGCUUGUCGAGGGCCAAGGGCCCGACGAAGGCGUGCUGCUCGGCAUCAGGACCACGCUGCAGCUUUUCAGGAGCGUCCUCGAGGACCUAGACGGUACCAGAUGA